GAAAUAAUUUUCAAUUACCGAAGACAAUUUCUAAGGGCAGGUCUGGACUCAAGACAUCAUACAGCAUUUUAGGGCUGUAAGGCCCAAUGCCGUAGGCAGGCCUCUCUAAUUAAAAGGCAGUGCAUAAUGGACGUCUGUGUCCCCUUGCUAAAGGGAAGCGCACGCUUCUUUAAGCGAAGGAACAUAGACGCAUUCAAAUGGCAGCAGAAGGCCCCAGCAGCAUCUCACCGCCACGGCAGCGCCGCCACAUGUGCGACAACUGCGAGCGUCCAAUCGCAGUUUGUCUUUGCCACGUUAUCCCCAUCCCACCACUAACCACCACCAACACACAAUUAAUGAUCAUCCACCACCCACACGAAUCCAACCACAAACUCAACACUGCACGUCUCUUAACUAAAUCCCUCCGCCACGUCACCACCCAUCUCUCACGCAAACUCCUCCCUUCCCACGUCGCCAACCAAUCCCCUUCCCUCACCACCACUAUCUACCUAUUCCCGUCAUCCCCCGGCUCCCCUGCCCUCAGUCUAUUAGAGCUCAAAGAGUCAAUAGAUUUGCAAGGAAAAAACCGAAAUCUACUUUUAAUAGUGUUUGAUGCCACGUGGAAGCACGCAAAGGAGAUGGUGAAGGCGAGUGAAGGGGUUUUGGAGGGUUUAGGAGCGAUUAGGGUGUGCUUGGAUGUGAAUGAGGAUUUACAAGGUGGGAGUAUUUAUGACGAUGAGUUGGUGUUGAGGAAAGAACCUUAUAAAGGCUGUGUGAGUACGUUGGAGGCGGUGGCUAGGUGUUUGAAAGUGGUGGAAGAUGAAGGGGAGGAGAUUGAAAGAGUUUUGAUUGGGGUUUUAAAAGAGAUGGUUAGGUUGCAGGCUGGGUUUUUGAAGCCUGUCAGACCGAGGCCUAAGUUGUCGAAAAAGGGUAAACAGAAUGAAUUGCAAUAGAUUUCAUGUACGUUUUUGUGUUGUCUUUUGACUAAUUGAUUCGCUCCGUUUGGCAUUAAUGUGAAGAUUUUGAUCGAAGGAACCAACAUUAUUGGAAUGUUUUCAUAGCUGAACAAUUUAUUUGAUUGAGAUUUGUUUCUUUCAAUAA